AUGGCUGACGAAGAAGCACAAUAUAAAUUUAUUCCUGAAGGCGAAUCAGCAGUUCGUAUUUCAAGCAGAAACUAUUACGGAAGGGGUACCGCCUUUUAUCCAAAUGAAGAUCAAUAUGAAGGUGAAUAUGAAGAUGGAUAUAGAAUUGGUAAAGGUAUCUACACAUAUAAAAGACCAGAAGAAAAACCUGCUGAUAAGUAUGAGGGAGAUUUUUAUUUGAACAAAAAGCACGGUAUUGGUUUAAUGACUUACGUAGAAAAAAACGAAACUUACUAUGGAUAGUGGGAAAAUGGUAAAAAGCAUGGUGAAGGUAUUUACACAUAUAACAAUAAAGAUACUUAUUCUGGAUGGUGGGCUUUUGGUAAAAAGCAUGGAAAGGGUACUUACGUAUAUGCUGCUACUAAUCAAAGAAUUGAAGGUACUUGGGAAGAAAAUAAGUGCAUCGAAGGUAGAUGGAUUUUACCAAACGGAAACUACUUUGAAGGCAAGUUUGAGAAUAAUAAACCCUCUGGAAAUGGUAAAUGGUAUUUCAAAAAUGGUAAUAUUAUAACUGGUGAUUUUAAGCAAGAACCUUUCGAAGAUGAAGUCGAUGGAGAAACUGUUAAAAAGUAUAAAUUGUCAUGGUUGACUAAUGCCAACUUGUGCUCAUCUGCUGAACUUAUUAACGAUUAAGAAAGAUUCUGA